AUGGACUUCCGCCGAAACGAGCACCUGAAUAUCGAUACGCAUGCAGCUCCUCACGCGCCUUUGACGACCUACAGAAUCGCAGACAAUUGGUUUUCUGGAACAUACACCACCGCUUUGCGAGAUGCCCUCCCGACGGAGAUGACCGACAGCAUUGCGGCUUCGACAACAGCCUCGAUCGAAGCUCCAUCUACGAUCACGACUAGUAACUCGGGAGCGGCCUCUCUGGCUGGAGCGACGUGUCCUUCGACGAUGAAUAGCACUGCCGUCUUGAUAUGGCGGAAGCCGCUGCGACGAGACAUGCGCCGCAGAUACCCAGAUACCGAGAUUUUGGAAAUGGCCGGUCAAGCGAAAGUGGAUCCAUCGACGAGAGAUGAGGCUGAUGAGGUUGCCGCAGAGACAUGGCAUUGCUUUGGUGUCGGUGACAGCGCUGCUGCAAGGAGUAGUCAACAUUCCGGGAUCCCAGAUCGCGGGUUGGAGGCUGUUUUUCGGUAG